GCGUGAUUGGUCCAGGGCGAGUGGCCCUCAUAUGGAUGAGUGCUUUCUGCUCGAGUACUUGAAGAUAGCUAGACUACUUUUGAUCAGAGUUUUAAAUACGUUAAGUAUUGCAUGGAAGAGAUAGUGUUGUUUUUCCAUCUGUGUUUCUGUAAAUUAUAAUUAUGGUGGCUCUAACAGUCUUGAUGAUGUCAGCGGACUAGUUUAUAAUUACGGGUUUUUACUUCCUAUUUUGUUAAUCCACUGCUCGACGGCGUUUUACGGCUUAUUAAUAACUAACUAGUACUGGUUAGGUUGAAGAGCAGAUACCUAGUUCAGCGACUCCGAACCAUACUCGAAAUGCUCAAGACGUAAGGCAAUUUGAUAUCCACUUUGUGUGUUGCUGGUCCCUCUCACUGAGGGCACGAACGGUCUGUGGCAGUCGCUAUUCGUGAAUGAGAGCAUUGAGACUGACAGUUUAAUGAACACUACGAGAGGACUGAAACACAUCGAAACCAUCACUGAGGCGGAUGAAGAAGAGGAAGAAUAUCAAAAUCGUCAUAUCUCAAAAGAAAGAAUUAAUUCGCACCUGGGAAGUGGAUUAGAAAAGUGGCAAAAAGCAAUGGAGGAACAAGUCGGGAAUGACGAACAAGACUGUAUUUCUACAAGGUCUAGGACCCAAACUACUGAAGCACCAGUAAUAUUUGACCCAGACGGAAUGAGGAUUGUUCGAGGGACAACUUGUAUUUCUAGUGAGUUUCGCCAGCGUUCUUACACCGAUCCUACCGAUUUACUGUGGGUAUUUCGAAGAAGAUGGAAUAUCAUGUUGGAUGAGAAUGAUAACGAGGAUAACGAGUAUGAUAAAACAUCAAAUAAGAGGGAUGAAUGGUCAAAUAAAGAUGGAAAACAGCAAUUGGAUAUGUACAAGAUGGGCUGUGAUGACGGAAAAGAGGGUCGCCUUCAGAAGUCCUCAAAUGAAAGCUUAUCAUCAAGAGAAGGCAAACACAGUGACAGCAAAGGUUUGAGUGCUAGCAGUGAUAGCGACCCUAGGGACAGCAUGGAAGACAGUAAAGCGCAGACGGAUCUUCCUUCCGUUGCUCGCAAAAUCUCGGCUCCUGCCUUUCGAAUGGGCCGCCGCUCAUCACAAGUUCAAAUGCAAAUGCAUGCACAUAGACGCAGCUCCGUUUCAGCCUUGCCUCGACGGAUGGCAAGAAGAGGCAGUGAGGUACCGGCUCUCACGUCGUUAGCCAGAAGAAGAAAUACUCUAACGCCAUCUUAUCCCGUGGGAUUGAAACGGCGAGGGUCUCGAGGGUUUAGUAACGCUGAAUUUCAUCUGAAUAAUAUUCAAACCAAGGCAAAACAUGAGAUGUUGGCAAAUCUAGUUUUACCAGCCUUUGCGGAGCCAUCAUUUCGAGGUGGAAGAGAACGACGGAUAACAUAUGGAUGUCCUACGGCGAAGUCAAAGAAAGAUGAAAAGCGUUUUCAAGUCACCAAUGAAAUCUUAGAAACAGAGAAGAAAUAUCUAGCGUGUUUGAACACUUUGAAAAACACGUUUGAAGAUCCAAUGAGAGAAGGAAAUUUUCUAACACCGAAAGAAAUAGACAUAAUAUUUCCAAAUGAACUUGGACUAAUUCGUGAAAGCCACACACACUUUAUGAAGGAUCUUGAAGAAAGAAUUGAAAACUGGAAACAAUAUGGCAUCGUGGGUGACAUAUUCACCAAGCUUAGUAGUUCCUAUCAUGUUGAUGUUCUAAAAAUCUAUUCUGAUUACGUCAACAACUUUCCCAGAGCCAUGGCUAUCAUCAACAAGUCCUCUCGAAGCUCACAAAAGUUUAAGCGCUUUCUUCAGGCCUGCUCGACAGAUCCAGAUUGUGAAGGAUUAGAUCUAGGAGCUUAUCUGCUCACUCCUAUACAACGUCUACCAAGAUACGUCCUCCUUCUUAGGCAAUUAUCCAAAUCCACCGAGGCUUCCCACCCUGACAGCUUUCACCUUGAAAAUGCUUUGGAGAAGAUGAAAAACAUGAUAAAUAUUCUGAACGAUUCGAUACAGAGUUCCUGUAAAAUAGUCAACGUUUCUAUAAGUAGAAAGUCCACUAAACGAAAAUCAUUACGAAAAAGACCAGGGAUAAAAGAUCUUAAAAUCACAAAAGAGGAUAAUGACAGUAGUAGAUCAAGUCAAGAUAAGACUACAGCAGAUGGUAAUCCUAGAUCACUAAAAAGUCCCACAACUACAGAUUCACCACUAAACAGUCCAAUUUCUCCUCCUGAUGUUUCAAGUACGACACAGGAAUCCAGACUCUCACCAAGCCCCGAAUCACAGCACAGUGUUUUAACACGAGUGAAGUCUGGGGACAAGAAAUCUCGUCCAGUGAGCACCGGAGAUUUAGAUCGGUUUUAUGAUGCUGACCAUUCCAAGGAAUUUAACGCUAUCAUAGAGGAAGGAGAAGGAAACGACAAGGCGGCAGGCCAAAGCAAGUUUCGAAUAGCUGCAGAGUCCGUCAAACGUUCUUGGCAGAGAAGAUCAAAGAAAUGGCGACGUUCAUUCGAAGGAAAGUGCGGAAGUACCAGCACGUUACCUGAUCUUGGAAGAGACUUAGGAAGCCCCAGAGAACUGGACAACUCGUCUGAACGAUUUCCAUAUAGUGAAAGUACUUCACCAACAAUAUCUCCUUCUGUUUCAUUAGAAAAUACAAAAAUAUCUGAUGACACUCAAAGAAUUGUAGCGUGUAAUCCACUAGUUAGUGGAGAAAACAGUGAAGGAUGUUACACCAGUCCUCUCCCCUCUCCGGUUUUCUCUACAGAUAAUAUUUCUGGACAGGAAACGGACAUGGCCACGAGUGAUGUCACAACGAUAAAAGAAACGGAGGAAUUGACGUUACCAACUUUCCCGGAUGAUGGUAGUCCCUACAUGACUCAUAGAAACAUUCGAAGGAAACACGCCAUUCAGGAAACGAGACCUUGUUCUGUUGCUUUGCCGUUGAGAGAGUCAAGUACGGAGGAGACGGGAACUGAUGCUGCAGAUAAGUCACAAUCAGAUAAUAAUUUGCUAACUUCUUCGAAAAACAAAACCAGAGGAUCAGAAUGUGAUGCACCGGAGAACAUUUGGGUUCCUAGGCAACGCCCUGGGUUACAAAAACGAUCAUCUUCUGACGGAGUUAGACAACAGUAUCUCCGCAGAAAAGUAAGUAACACGUCUAGUGAUCAUAAUUUGGGAUCUACAUCCACGAGUAGAGGAAGCCUGGACAAGUCUAAGGAUAGUUUAAUCGAUUCUGGUGUAUCUGGUACCCCAGACUAUUCACCUGCUAAUACUUUGAGCAAAAAUAUGACAAAAACACUACCAAUAAAUGAUAAGACUUUACAAAAUAUGGAAAAAUUCAAGCAACUCUCGCUUGAAGAGAGAUUGGGUUUUGAAGAAAUCAUUGCUUCUGGAUUUGGAGAAAACCAAAGAAAAUUAAAAAGUGAUGAAGAACUUGAUAAACUACGCGAAGGAGCGAAGAGUAAGAAGAAAUUCAAGGAUGUUGUCAAGCAAAUCUUCUCCAAGAAAAAAAGGAAGAGUGUUUCAAGCUUAGAAGAUGCUUUACAAGCGAAAAAGUCAUCUAAAAUCUUAACAAGAAGCCGUAGUUUGAAUAGAAAAGACAGCAAAGAUAUAUCAUCAAGUGUAUAAUAGCUAUUAAUGUGCCUAGCCGCUCGGUAUGACAUGCUGGUCUGUCAUGCAAUCCAUUCAUUAUGUCAUUCCAAAAAAUAUAUCCAUACCUCCCCCACAAAGGGGGAUUGAAAUCACCAGUUAAGUGGGAUCUGGCAUCUUGUAUAGUUCCAAAAAAUAUCCAUACCUCCUCGCCAUUGACUGGGGGUGUGAAAUAACUUAGUGUUGGGAAGGAUCUAGUGUAGAGGGAAAUCUACCUUGCGUGAUACCAGAAAAUGCUAAUUUAUUUCCCAUGGAAGGCAUAAGAAAAUUUUCAAGUGGGAUCUGGCAUCUUGUAUGGUUCCAAAAAAUAUCCAUACCUCCUCGCCAUUUACUGGGGGUGUGAAACAACUUAGUGUUGGGAAGGAUCUAGUUUAGAGGGGAAUCUUGUGUGAUACCAGAAAAAAAUAUUAAUAUGCCUCCCAUGAAAAACAUAAGAAACAGGAUGUAUUCUAGUAUAGCACAUGCAUUAUGGUAAACUGAGGGGGAGGUAUGGAUUUAUAUGCUAAGGAAGAACAAUUCGAAGUCAAACUUUUUCUAUUUAUAAACAACUCUGAUUUUGAUCUUUUUUCUCAAUACGAUUAUUUUUUUAAAAAUCAAAUAAUCCAUUAACUAAGCAAACAAAUAUUAUUAUGCAUGAUGUAAUGAUUUGAGAUUUUUUCACUACACAUAUUAUACUUGUAUAUCAUCAAAAUAUUCAUUAUCGUACUGAAAUAUUAUGAUAAUAUUGAAAAUCAACAAGUAUUAUUCAUACGUUUUAAAUGAAUAUAUUUAGGUUUAUUUAUAUUCGUGUAUAUAUUACAAGUGGUAAACAUAAUUCUACAAAGGAUAUGUGUACAGAUAUAGAGUAUUAAAUCUGAUUUACUACGAAGUAUCAUCGACAAAUUAUAUAUACAACAAAUACUUUGCUAUGCAAAUAGUCUCGUAGAAACUGAGUUAUGAAAACAUUAAAUUUACGAAGUCAUAGACUUUCA